CCAAACAAUGAAUUCCAACAUGGUGGAAAUGUGCUACACUGUUUGAAAAUGCAGGCCGUGUCAUGCCUUGAAAAAAAUCAUUUUAUGCUAGAAUUUGGUAAAAAAUGUCGGACCCUAAACGUGCUACUCUUAUAACAGUGGGUGCUUCAAAAAGUGGAAAGAAUAGUGUGUGUAAAACAGUGAGAUUAACUAUAAAUCUGGAUGAAAGCAACGAAAGUAAAUAUCCAGAGUUGAAUUACAAGGAACUAGUCAUAGCAGAAGACAGAAAAAAGAGAGUAGAAAAUGGGAAGACGACCAAGCUGGAUCCAUUCUCCGACAAUGAUGAGGAGCUAGAACGGGUUGCCAAGAAAUUUGAGCAAAAAUAUGGUGGCAAGAGCACAUAUGGCAGAAAGGGGCGUUCCAAGCAUGAUGACUUCGCAGACAUCGGCAUGGGUUACGAUGAGAACGACCCUUUCAUCGACAACACAGACAAUUACGAUGAGAUGAUGCCACCAGAGACGGACACGUUCUACGGCGGUUUCUACAUCAACAGCGGGUCGCUAGAGUUCAAGAGUGUGCCGGAGAACCGGAUCUCGGAUGUGGAGAAUGGGAGGAGGAAUAAGAGGAGGAUUUCGUCAAGCAGCAGCGAAGAGGACUCUUCGGAGAGCUCAUCGGAGUCUGAAAGUGCUGAUGAAAAGGAAACUAAGACGAUACCCAACGGAGCGGUGCAUAAUGAACAUAGGAAAAAGAAAAACAAAGAUAUUGAUAAGAAGAAGAAAGCGAAUAAAAUCAGAAGGACAGAUUCAUCGGCCGCUACAUCUGGAAAACAAACUUCAGACGAUAACGGUCACGGCGAUGCCGAGAGCGCGGACUCUCGCACGUCUCAAUCCGAUUCGCUGACUUCCAAACCCGCACCCAGCUCCGAGAACGCCGUCACUUCCGACAGCUCCAGGGAUGUAGAAGCGAAGUCUGAAGUGAAGCUGCCUCAACCAGUGAUUCAAGUUUUAGAACAGUUAGAAGCAGCGGUCAGCAAGCAUCAGACAGAACAUCCGGACACCCCCGUAGCUCAACUUACUACUUAUAAUGAGAAGCAUCUGUUGAGUUUGGACGCCGCGCUUGCGAGCAGUUCAGCCACAGCUCGAGCGAGACGCGCGGCGUGGGGUCGUGCUGCCGUCUGUCUGCGGUCAUCGCGGGCUAAACUAAUACACCGCGUGCAAGCACGGCUUAAAGCACAGAUUCCUGCCUUACCAAUUGCUCAACCAACAACAACUGCCACUGCCACAACAACUGCCACAGCUAACAACAAGCGGAAAUACUCUGAAGAAACGGACGAACAUAUUACCAAGCUCACUGCCGAGGAACGGGAAGCGAAGAUUGUUGAUACACUACAAAGACUAAAAGCCUUGAUAGAUGACCGCACACCCGCCAUGAUGGCCAGUUAUCAGGCCGAAUGUGACAGGGUAAUGGAAGAAAGAAAGAAACUCCAAAUAGCGUCCGACGGCAGACCGAUCGAGAAGAGACUCCCCAAGCGUCGCUUCCCAUGGUGUCCGCGCAGUCGCUCCCUACUAGCACGCCUCAAGCGGCUCGCGGGAGACCAGGACGCAGCGGCUAACUUGCUGGUGCGACGAGCCCUGCCUCUGUUCCCUAGUGGCUUCGUCAGGAUGCCUACACUGUUGAGACAGGCCGAUCUCAGCAAAGAGCUCAAAGUGUCCGACGUGAAGCGACACCGCUCCUCUUCAGUAUCCGCACCAGCACCACCGCCACACCCCGCCACACUAGCGGCACACAUGCCCGAGUCCAUACAGUUCCCGAGCUCCCUAACCGUCACCACCAGCGUCAAACCAAUAGAAAAGACUGAGGAAGACAAAAAGACCACAUCCCUCUUCGGAAACAUAAUAAACUCCUUCUCCCUGAGCAAAGACUUGAUAGUCGAGCCGGAGAAAAAAGACCCCGAACCCAAAAAGGAGGUUGUCCCAAACAACAUAGGCAGCAUUACCAUCACCCCGGUAGUCCAAAAAGAGAAGAAACCUCCCAACCCGCCCACCAAGGAGCCGCUCCUGCGUGUAAAAUCGCCUGCGGUCCUCAACGAAAUGGCUAAGAAGGACAAACAUAAAUUGAAAGACAAACCUCCGGUCAAAGACAAGCGGGUCGACUCCCCGCUACACGUAGACACUAGCUUCCCGAACAAAAAAGAAACGCCUAGUCCGACGUUAAUUAAAGAGGAGCUUACUAAAAAACAGAUAGAAAGUAUGAGAAUAUCGGAGAACAACAUCCCCCGACCGGCUCUAGUGCCCGUUCACCAUUCCCCGACCUUCGCUAAACCUGACAAGAGACCUCCGGAAGUCAAGAAGAAAAAGGAAAUAGUGAUUAUAUCAGAUUUAGAUCCGUUAGGUGACGUUCAGCACGAAGCGGUGGUGGCCGUGGACGAUAGUAGCAGUGACGUUGAAGUGGUUGAAGAUAAUAAAAGUGAACCUAGUAAGUGUGAAGUGCCUUCGAAAGACAAAGUGAGUGAUAAGGUGACCAAGAAAGAUAACCAUCGGAAGGAGGAAGCUCUCGAGGAUGAUAUUCACACGGUUAUGAGGAAUUUGAGAGAAAUGGAGCAUUCACAAGAAACCCCAAAGUUCAAUAGUUCUUUCGGAGGAGUUAUAACCAGUGCCAAGCGCGAGAAGUCUUCCAAAACCUACAGCCCGCGGAAUGUAUUCGGGGACCGUAGUGACAAAGACAAGCUAACCAACUUCUUUGAACAAAAUGGAUGGAUGUAGUGCCGUCACAGGUUGAUGCAGUACUACCGGAACCUCAAAUGAAGACAUAACGCAGGCGGUACUAAUAUAUACACUGUAAACUAUUUAUUCCAAGCAAGGUAGGCCCGGACAUUUUGAAAUUUACGUUUAGUUACUGGGUUAAUAU